CGAGCGCUUCCUCAGGUGAGGCAGAAGGAGGGAUGGGUCGGACUUGAAACAUGAUGGACUCCCCGUUCUUCAUAGCAGGACUUUAACCGGAACCAACGCCGCUUCCAGCCGCCUGGCGUGAGGAGGUACAGCUGGGUCUCCGAGUCCUUCCGGUUCGGAUCACGUUAGUCCUCAGCCCGGUUCGGCUGUUCCACCUGCGGCAUUUCACCUGCUGAGCUCCAGGACUUGUUUUUAUUGUUGUUGUGUUUCCUGGCGGUCGGGUUCGAGUCACCAUGCCGGAACUCAUCAGCGUCACCGAGUUCAUUACUGAGACCAAUGAAGACUACAAAGCUCCUACCACCUCCAGCUUCACCACCAGGAUGUCCCACUGCAGGAACACGGUGACGGCGCUGGAGGAGGUUCUGGACCAGGACAGAUCGGUUCUGUCCAAGAUCAAAAAGUCCGUGAAGGCCAUCAACACUUCUGGUCUGGCUCAUGUGGAGAACGAGGAUCAGUUUGUCCAGUCGAUGGAGAAGUUUGGAGACAACUUUGUGAGCAGAGAGGACCCCGAGGUCGGAGCUGCCUUCCUCAGGUUUGCUGUUUUCACCAAGGAGAUGACGGCGCUCUUCAAAAACCUGCUGCAGAACAUGAACAACAUCAUCAGCUUUCCUCUGGACAGUCUGCUGAAGGGAGACCUGAAGGGAGUUAAAGGGGACCUGAAGAAGUCGUUCGAUAAAUCCUGGAAGGAUUACGAAACCAAAGUAGCAAAGAUAGAGAAGGAGAAGAGAGAACACGCCAAGCAACACGGCAUGAUCCGCACGGAGAUCAGCGGAGGAGAAAUCGCCGAGGAGAUGGAGAAGGAGCGGCGGAUGUUCCAGCUCCAGAUGUGCGAGUACCUGAUCAAAGUGAACGAGAUCAAAGUGAAGAAAGGCGCCGACUUCCUGCAGAACCUCAUCAAGUAUUUCCACGCUCAGUGCAAUUACUUCCAGGACGGGCUGAAGGCUGUGGAGAGCAUGAAGCCCUCCGUGGAGAAGCUGGCUUCAGACCUGAACGCUAUCAAACAGAGUCAGGACGGAGAGAAGAAACAGCUGAGUCAGCUCAGAGACGUCCUGAAGGCGUCGCUGCUGACGGAGCAGAAAGAGGAUUCCCAGGCGAAGCAGAGCUCCGGCUACAGCCUCCAUCAGCUGCAGGGAAACAAGGCCUUUGGGACGGAGCGCAGCGGGGUCCUCUCCAAAAGGAGCGAGGGGUUAAGGAAGGUGUGGCAGAAGAGGAAAUGCUCCGUCAGGAACGGCUUCCUGACCAUCUGCCACGGAACGGCCAACAAGCCUCCAGCCAGGCUCAACCUGCUCACCUGCCAGGUGAAGAGGAACCCUGAAGAUAAGAAGAGCUUCGACCUGUUCUCACAUGACCGAACCUACCACUUCCAGGCUGACGACGAGGCCGAGUGUCAGAUCUGGGUGUCGGUUCUGCAGAACAGUAAGGAGGAGGCACUGAACAUGGCAUUCAAAGGAGACCAGGACGAAGGAGAGAACAACAUCGUGCAGGAGCUGACCAAAGCCAUUGUAGGAGAGGUGAAGAGGAUGAGCGGCAACGACAGCUGCUGUGAUUGUGAAGCUCCAGGUCCAACAUGGCUGUCCACCAACCUUGGGAUUCUGAUCUGCAUCGAGUGUUCUGGGAUCCACAGGGAGAUGGGGGUCCAUUACUCCAGGAUCCAGAGUCUGGACCUGGAUGUUCUGGGAACUUCCGAGCUGCUGUUGGCGAAGAAUGUCGGGAACGCCAACUUCAAUGAGAUCAUGGAGGCGGGUCUGUCGGAUACAGGUGUGACCAAACCGGACCCGAGCAGCGACAUGCAGAUCAGGAAGGAUUUCAUCUUGGCCAAGUACACGGAGAAGCGCUACGCCGAGCAGCUGUGCUCCAACGACGAGGCCAAACUGCAGGUUCUGUACCGGGCCGUGAGGAACCGGGACAUCCUGUCUCUUAUCCAGGUCUACGCUGAGGGGGCGGACCUGAUGGCGGUGGUCCCGGCUCCCUACGAACACGAACCUGGGGAGACGGUGCUCCACCUGGCGGUCUGGAUGGUUGACAGGAAUUCUCUGCACAUUGUAGACUUCCUGGCUCAGAACAGCGCUAACCUGGACAAGCAGACAAGCAGAGGAAGCACGGCGCUGCAUUACUGCUGCCUAACCAACAACAGCGAGUGUCUGAAGCUGCUCCUGAGGGGAAAAGCUUCAGUUUCCAUCACAAACGAAGCAGGAGAAACUGCUCUGGACAUCGCUCGGCGUCUGCAGCACACUCAGUGUGAGGAACUGCUGACUCAGGCUCAGACGGGGAAGUUUAAUGUCCAUGUCCACGUGGAGUAUGAGUGGCGUCUCCAGAAUGAGGACUUGGAUGAGAGCGAGGAUGAGAUGGAGGACAAGCCUAUCCCGAUCCGGCGUGAGGAGCGUCCAGUCAGCUGCUUCGUGCCGAUGCAGCCCAACCUGGCAGCUCUGGCCCGAGAUGCCGCCCUCGUUGUGAGGGACAAGCAGAGACCUGCGGCUCCCAGCACCAUCAUCUCCAAUGAGACGUAUGGAACUAUGCUGGACUUGAACCUCCCACCACCAGGACCAACCCCCCCGCUGCCCCCCAGAUUUCAACAGAAGGGUGUUGGUAAACCUCCUGCUAUGGAGUCAGUAGGAAGACAGCGUUCCUCCUCGGAUCCAUCCAGCUCUCCUGAGAGGAACACCUCCCUGUAUGUGCUGCCAGAGGUUGCUCCUCCUCCUCCCCCUCCCCCUCCUCUUCCUCCUUCAGCCAACAAAAAGUCCAACACAUGGGAAAAGAAGACGAUGUCAGCCAGAAACACCCCACUACCUCCUAUUCCUCCCCCACCAGGUCCUGUCCUAUCAGGUCCUCCAAUCACAUCCCCGCCUCAUUACAAAGCUCUGCCCCCUCCCCCACCUGCGUCAAGCCAACAGAUCAGUAAACUACCAGGACCAUUAGGAACACCAGGGCCCCCUAGACCCUCAGGACCCUCACCACUACCAUCUGGACCACCAGGACCACCUAGACCCUCAGGACCCUCUGGACCAUCAGGAUCAAUAGGACCACCUGGACCCCCAAGACCCACAGGACCCCCAGGACCGUCGAUACCAUCAGGAUCGCUAGGACCUAUCCUACCUAGAUCCCCCGGAGCCGUAAAACUUCCUCCUCAAAGACCUCCAGUCAGAACCGGAUCCAUCACUAAACCAGAUUUUCCAUCCCAGUCCCCUAAAAGUCCAGCUCCUUCCACUAAACCCAGAUCAGUCUUCUCGAAGCAGAAGCCUCAGAGGGUGAAGGCCAUCUACGACUGCUCUGCCGAUAAUCCAGAUGAGCUGACCUUCAAGGAGGGGGAGGUAAUUGUGGUGGAGGGAGAGGAGGACAGCGAUUGGUGGGUGAGUGUCCAGCGUCCUCAGCACAGGAAACAUUACGUCCCCCGUCUCCUCCAGGAGCUGAAAGUCCCACCAGAGGAUCCCGGUCUAGUGUGGUCUCUGAGACUUGGCUGUUGUUUGCCUUUUGUCUGAAUGAAGCGUGGAUCCUCUGUGUUUCAGAUUGGGCACGUCGAAGGAGAUCCGAGCAGAAAAGGAGCGUUUCCCAUCACCUUUGUCCACUUCAUCUCAGAGUGACUGUUUUCAUCCUGGUCCUUCAAAAACACAAGCUGGAACAUGUGGAACAGACCCUGGAUCAGCUGGGAGACUCCACGUGGGACGUCCCACGAAGUUUGCUCCAGCUGAUGAAGACAAGAGCAGGAGGACCGUUUCUGCCUAACCGAGCUUCGUGACUUUAGAAAGAUUUAUUUUUAUCCAGCUGAACUUUGGAGUUUUGUUUUAACUAAGCAGGUUUUAAAUAAAUAAGACUUUCACUGUGUGUGUGUGUGUGUGUGUGUGUGUGUGUGUGUGUGUGUGUGUGUGUGUGUGUGUGUGUGUGUGUGUGUGUGUGUGUGUGUGUGUGUGUGUGUGUGUGUGUGUGUGUGUGUGUGUGUGUGUGUGUGUGUGUGUGUGUGUGUGUGUGUGUGUGUGUGUGUGUGUGUGUGUGUGUGUGUGUGUGUGUGUGUGUGUGUGUGUGAGAGAGAGAGAGAGAGAGAAUGCGGGGACCUCUAGAGGAAGAGAGGAGGAAUGACACGAGCAAAAUUUUCAAAGUCUUGAUUUAAUCUCGACUUUAUGGUUUUUUUAUUUAAUUGAAGAAACCAGCCACUAAGGUUUGUGUCCACUCAAUUUGUUGUUGGAGACCCGCCCUGGAACCAGUGAUCCAAACCUGCACCGCGGGUCAGAAGAGCUGUUGGGAUCAGAACCAGCUUCACGUUUCAGGUCAAAUUAAAAAGUGUAUGUAUUGAUAUCAUUUUUGUCUUCAGGGAAAAGUGUAGAAUAAAACAUGCAACCCUGUUAGAUGUGAUAGUUUUAUCUCUAUUAAAACACUGAUGAGGAACUGA